GGCCCAGCCCAAUUGCAAAAACGCAAAGCCAUGAUUACCCAAAUCCAGAACCCAAACGACGUUUGCCGUGUUAGCCGUCGAAGUGUCGUUUGAAGUUUCCCGGUAGUCUUCGGUACCGGCAACAACUUGAGAUUGGGUCAUUAAUUAUCCGAACCCAUUGUUCCUACUCCGUCCAAACGAGCUCCUUUAAUCCAAGGUGUUUACUCUUUCCAGUUAUGGAUUCUUCUGGAUAAUUGAUUUUAAUGAAGGCUGCUGGUCUUAACUCCCAGAUUAGAUGUGGAGUAUCAAAGAUAAAUUAUCAACAAGGUUAAUGAAUAUUUGCAUAGCAUCUCUUUGCAAAGCCAAACAAUUGGAGAAAGCUGAAUCGGUAAUAGUUGAUGGCAUAAGAAUCGGAGUACAACCAGAUGUCGUCACUUACAAUACAGUGAUUGCUGCGUAUUGUCGCGUUGUUGGCAUUGAUGCAGGUUAUUCCAUCCUUCAUAGGAUGAAGGAAGCUGGAAUUAAUCCUGAUGUUAUUACGUAUAACUCUUUAAUAGCUGGAGCUACCAGAUAUUGCAUGUUAUCCCGAUGUCUCGAUCUGUUUGAUGAAAUGCUUGAGAUGAGUAUUCUUCCUGAUAUUUGGAGUUACAACACCUUAAUGCAUUGCUUCUUUAAAUUGAGAAAGCCAGAUGAGGCUUACAGAGUUUUUCAGGAUAUUAUUUUGAAAGAUAUUUCUCUUCAUCCAGCAACAUUCAAUAUAUUAAUGAAUGGUCUUUGUAAGAAUGGAUAUACAGAGAAUGCCCUAAUGUUAUUUAGGAGUUUAAAACGUCAUGGAUUUACUCCCCAAUUAGUAACUUACAACAUUCUUAUUCAUGGGCUGUGCAAGUCAGGUCGAGGUAAAACUGCAAAAGAGUUUCUCAAUGAAUUGGUAGAAGCAGGUCAUAUCCCAAAUGCCAUCACCUAUACGACAGUAAUGAAAUGCUGCUUCAGAUGUAGACAAUUUGAAGAAGGCCUUAAAAUCUUUGCAGAGAUGAGAAGGAAAGGAUAUACAUAUGAUGCCUUUGCUUACUGUACAGUUGCUAGUAUGUUACUUAAAACCGGGAGGAUGAAUGAGGCCAAUGAGUACCUGGGCUAUAUCAUUACAAAUGGCUUUGACCUUGAUACGGUGUCUUUUAACAACAUUAUUAAUCUAUAUUAUAAGGAAGGUCAGCUGGAUAAUGCUUAUAAGUUGCUGUACGAGGCAGAAAAAAAAGGCUUGAAAUCUGACAAGUACACACAUACUAUCUUAAUUGAUGGCUUGUGCAGGACUGGUAAUUUCAAAGAGGCCCAGCAACAUUUGGAUUGUAUGAGUAUGAUGGGUUUUGAUUCUAACUUAGUUGCUUUGAAUUCUUUUAUUAAUGGGUUGUGUAAAGCUGGUCACCUUGAUCAUGCAUUGCGGAUGUUUGAAUCAAUGGAUGCCAAAGAUUCCUUUACUUACUCCACUAUAGUGCAUGGUCUUUGCAAAGCUGGGAGGUUUUGUGCAGCAUCUAAGCUAUUACUAUCAUGUGUUAGAGAUGGCAUGAGAAUUCUUAAAUCAAAUAAACGUGUUGUUAUUAGUGGCCUUCGUUCUUCUGGGUUUUCACAUGAAGCAAGGAAGGUCCAGUCUAAAAUUCGAUUGGCUAAGAUACUGCAUUAUUAAUUAGGAAUGGUGCUCAACUCUGCCACUCAAAUGUUAACCUUAUUAAUUGCCUACGGUUUUGCACUAUAACACGUUAUGGAAGCUGAAAAACCUCGAGCGUCAAUGCAACUGAGAAUACAACCUACAGUAACCAGUUUCAAGUCAAGUAUUCGAUCCUCUUGUAAGAGGCAAACACAAUGACACUUCUGUCAGGAGGUGGUUAAUUGUAUACUUUUCCUCACACUAAGGAUACUGAUGACAUGCUGUUGAAAUUGUGAAGAGUUAUUCUGUGGAAGUAAAGGCAUGUUUUAUCACAGAUGCUAAACAACUAGGCGGGUCGGACUCAUGACAUUCUGGGCUCUGAAUCCAAAAUCAUUAAGCAGUUGUGAUUGGCUGAAGAUAAAUCAAAGACUUUUUAAUGCGGUUGCACAAUAGGUUACCACUUGAGGGCAAGCUUUGUCUAUUUAAGUUUGAAGUUGAGAUUGAGCAACUUCAAAGAAUUGGGACAAGGAAGCCAGCUUCUAAAGCUUCUUCUUUCAAAGACCAUGUACUUAAUCUGGUGAGUUUAAAUUUCUAAUUUUCUCCAUCACUUAGAGCUUUCCUUGGUAGGAAUUGAAAGGAAAUUUAUUUCUCUCAAAAUUUGUUACGUUAUAGUAUUUCUCCCUAACGCCUGAGGUUUUUGUAGAUUUUCUUGGUAAGAUAGCACUUUCCUAUCUCGAUUUAAGAAGCGUUUACCCCUUAUUGGUGCAAGGCAGUGCACAAGUUUAAAUUACAAAUGAUUUUCUUCUGAGGAGAAGGAUGUGGCAGCAAAAUACUGUAAAAGGAACAGCGUGGUUUUUGGUUCCUUUUAUUGUUGCAUGUCCUUUCCAAGGCAACAGCUUACUCUAGUAGUUCCACAUCGAAGCAUUUAUGUCCACCUACUGUCGAAGCUGAUUCUUACAAGGUAAUUUUGUCCUUAAAUCUGCAAGAAUGACAAUAUCUGAGAUUGAAAAGAGUCAAAGGUGCACCCAAGGGUGUGGCCUGGUGGUCACUGAAGUGGAGGGGAGAAUCAAGAGGUCUUAGGUUCAUAUUCCAGUGGAGGCAAAAAACAAUAGGUGAUUUCUUCUCAUAUGCCUAAGCCUUGAUGGAGAGAGUUACCUGGUACAUGUGCUAGUGCGAGGUACCAACUACCCGGUGGAAUAGUCAAGGUGCACACAAAAUGGCUUGGACACUACCGUCAUUUUAUAAAAAAAGUCAAAAGACAUUAGGAAGCCCAAGGCAGAAGAAAAGGAGUUAGUGGGUAGGAUCAGGGUUACUUGGAGCUUAUUUUUUGGUUUUCCUGUUCUAAUUGAAGGUGAGUGGAAGUUUUAUGCUGAUAUUUCUUCUAAAAGCGUAGUAUUACUUGUUGGAACAUUAAGGAAUAGGAGAUGCAUCCCUCUUGGGGCUAAACAGAAGCACAUCGGUAUAUAUUAAGGGGUAAUUGAUAGAUGUAGAAAGAAGCUAACAUCAUGGAAGAAGCAGUUUCUUUUGGAAGCAGACACUUCAGUAAACACUGUUCUUGAUGGUAUUCCUACUUAGACAUCACUGUUCUCUAUCUCACAAGAGUUGAAAAGAGACUUUUCUCAUUAAGAAGCAACUUCUUAUGGGAAGGAAAUUCAGAUAAGAAAAGUUUCUUUCAGUUAGAAUCCA